AUGAUAACAUACUUAUCACAAUGUUAUCCCGUAAAACAGCGAACUAUACGAAUUGCCGUCUUCUAUGCAGCUGGUAUUAUAUCAGGAGCUAUUGGUGGUAUUUUACAUGGAUAUCAUGUAGCAUUUUUUAUCAUUAUUGCUGGAGUUAGUUUUGCUCUCAUGGCAAUUCUUGAUACAGUUAGUCCAGUUGCAGUGUAUAUAAGUGGAUGUUUUGCAUGUGCUGGAAAAUAUUCAGCAUAUGCUUUACUUAUCGCAUGGUUAGCUAAAAAUCUAAGUGGUCGCAUAAGAAGAUCAUUAGCCGUUGCAUUCACUGUUGGACUUGGUCAAAUCGGUGGAGCAAUUUUACCGUUCAUUAUGAAUGAUAAAAAUGAACCAAAUUUUCGUCAAAUUUAUAUUACAUCUGCAGUUGUAAUGGCAGUAAUUAUGUUUCCUACUUUACUUCUUCGAUUUAUUUCUACUAACCGAGAAAAAUCAACUGCAAUUAAUCACACUGAAGUACUCGAAAAGGCUAAUAGUGUACAUGACGCACAAAUAUGA